AUGGCCGCAUGGCUAACUGACAGCGGCCCGUCUGAUAUUACUGAACAAAACAACUUGUGUACGUUUUUAGUAGAAAAAAGGAACUCAAACAUAAGAGCAGACUUAAAUUUAGAAGCAUUCGAUAAGGAGUUUAAGGGGUUACAACCUUGUGGAUUCGAGAAAAGUGCGUUUGUUUCUGCCGUGACGUCGGAAAGUGUAUACAAUCAUAAUAGUGAAGUUUCAGAAGGAAAAACUCAUUUGGAAACGCAUGAUGAUUCGUCGGGAAUGUCGUCGAUCAAAAUCGAUUCUCAGAAGCAUCAAAUGGACAAAAACAAAAGGAAGACGGAGGACAACAACGCCCGUUACAGAUGCGAAUACGACGGCUGCGAGCGCACUUACAGCACGGUGGGCAAUCUGCGGACACACAUGAAAACUCACAAAGGUGAAUACAGGUUCAAAUGUCCAAUGCAGUCCUGCGAGAAGGCCUUUCUAACAUCAUACAGUCUAAAGAUACACGUCAGAGCGCACACGAAAACAAAACCCUUCAUUUGCGACAACAGCUCCUGUGGGAAGGCUUUUAACACUUUAUACAGGUUAAGGGCGCACCAGAGGCUACACAGCGGCGACACGUUCAACUGCAAAUCGGAUGGAUGCGCGAAAUACUUCACGACCCUGAGCGAUCUCAAGAAACACAUUCGGACCCACACGAAAGAACGACCCUAUAAAUGUCGCAUGGACGGUUGCGACAAGUCGUUCAUAGCGUCUCAUCAUCUAAAAGCCCACGGUCGGACCCACGCGCCUCCGCGGCACUUCGCGACCUUCGCCAGCGUCAGACCACACGUCGGCAAGCAACAGGCGGAAGCGGAAGUCGUAAACACGGAAGUAGCGAAACCUCUGAAUCCGGAACCGGCCAAAACCGAUAUCAUGUACUGGGACGGUCUCUUAGAGUCGUUCGGCAGGAUCACGACAGAAUCUAAUUCGACCGACGGGAGCCUGGAGGACGUGACAGUGGUCAACAACGAAUAUAUAACCGAAUGGCUGUUCGAAGGCACCGGCGCACCCAAAGACGCAGCAGCCUACGACAUUAACAGUAUUGCGCUGUCGCCCUUUGACGUCGACAAAACCGAUAAAAAAUACGAAAACACUUGGGUCGACGUUAACGGGAUCCAACCCACCGUCCCAGUCGACAACGGUAACAAACUCGAAGUCAGGUCCAAGGCAAUCCAGCUCGCCCUGGCCAACGAGGUAGAGCUCCAAGCGCCCUGGGUGGACGUGAGCGCUUUGGCCGCUUCCAUAUCCGAGACCCCGGUCACUAUUAAAGAGAAAUCCCCCGAAAGCAUAUUCACGCUGGCCACGUCCGUCCCCACCCACAUGCAGAGCUACAUCGACCUGAGCGCCGAGGGGCCCACCGCUCACGUCAUGACGCACGCGGCGCUGGCCCUGGACACGCCCAGCGUGCGCGACGUGGCCGCCGGUGUCUUCAACGACAGCGAGAUCGUCACCAACUUAGAGCCCGGCAAGAUCGACGCCGACCUGGACUUGUUCUUCAAGUCGGACGACGACCGCUCCCUCAACACCCCCUCGCCCUCUAAAGUGCAGCAGAACAUCGAAAUAAACCCCGCCAAUUCCGUGCUCUUCAACACCGACUUGGAUCUAGAGGACACUCUGUUGUUCGACAACGAGCCGCCCUCGGACAUGUACGUGGUCCGAACCGAGAACAUAUUCGGUAAAGAGAUAGCGAAGAGGAACGCUCUGGAGCAGGUGGCCGCCGACUGCGGGAUCUGCAGCUGCGAGGGCUGCACGUGCAACUCGGAGGGCGAGUGCAGGGACAGCAGCACAGCGGACACGUGCACGUGCGUGAACUGCGCGUGCGACCACUCGGCCAUGACGUGCGCGGCGGGCUGCGGCAGCGCCACCGCCACCGACCGCAACACGUUCCUGCACUACCACGAGAGGCACAAUAGCACCACCAAACUGGAAGACCUCGGGAUAUUUACGCUGCGCGAAUGCGACGACACCGCGACGUCGGCGCUGAACAAGAUCAAGUGCUCCUGCGACGGCUCUACCAAGUGCAGUAUUCUGAAUGCCGGCAAGGACCCUUGCUGCGGGGGCGCCAAGUCGUGCUGCGUCACCAUAUGCAUCGACAAACUAGACGCAUUCAAGAAGUUCCUAACGGACAACAGCAUGCUCGACGCGAUGAAGGUCCGCAGCGUGGACGACGACCUCAAAGCAUUGUUCACUGCAUUUAACCAGUUUGUUUCUUGCGGCGAUAAGGUUUGAUUACGUGUCGAGCGCGGAGUCAGACUCGGCAUGCUGUGGGCAAAGCCCACAUUAAGCCACGUCCACACUAAAGUGUGACGAAAUUCAUUGAUGCCUUUUAUUCAAGAAAAAAUAAGUUUAAGUUCUAAUUUUUUAAAAUCAGUCUAAUGAGGUAGUAGGGUUUAAAAACGUUGACAAUUUUAAUACGAUUUAACAACAGCAUUGCUAAUGAAAAAUAAAGCCAGGUACAGACAGGACCGACAUAUUUCGGAUGUUCUUAAACGUUAACCGUCAACAAAGCUCCGUCGCGUUAGUGUGGUAUAAGACACAUUUCGGUGCACAAAUAUGAGUAUUAUUUAGAGAUGGAGAUUUUUUAUUUGUGUGAGAUAUUUUUUAAUUGAUAUUAGCAUGAUUCGGUAAUUCUGAUUGUGACGGCUAGAUGGCGCUACCGAUAGUCGCGUUAAAAAGCGAUAAAUUUACACUAGUAUUGUUCUCUCUGUCGAUAUUAGAUCAUUUUGUUUGGG